AAAAGGCAACAGAUGGCUCCUUGCAGAGUGAAGACUGGACGUUGAACAUGGAGAUCUGCGACAUCAUCAAUGAGACGGAGGAAGGGCCAAAGGAUGCCAUUCGCGCCCUGAAAAAGCGGCUCAGUGGAAACCGGAACUACAGGGAAGUGAUGCUGGCCCUGACGGUGCUGGAAACGUGUGUGAAGAACUGUGGCCACCGCUUCCACAUCCUGGUGGCCAACCGAGACUUCAUUGACAGCGUCCUGGUCAAAAUCAUCUCUCCCAAGAACAGCCCUCCCACCAUUGUGCAGGACAAAGUACUUGCUCUGAUCCAGGCGUGGGCAGAUGCCUUUCGGAGCAGCCCCGACCUCACUGGUGUGGUGCACAUCUACGAGGAGCUGAAGAGGAAGGGGGUUGAGUUUCCUAUGGCAGACCUGGACGCUCUGUCUCCCAUCCACACUCCCCAGCGGAGUGUCCCAGAAGUGGAUCCAGCGUCGACCAUGCCCAGGUCCCAGUCACAACAGAGGACAACUGCUGGCUCCUACUCUUCUCCUCCUCCUGCCUCCUACUCUGCCCCUCAAGCCCCAGCUCUGAGUGUGACUGGCCCCAUCACAGCCAACUCAGAACAGAUUGCCAGGCUGCGGAGCGAGCUGGAUGUGGUUCGGGGAAAUACAAAAGUCAUGUCCGAGAUGCUGACGGAGAUGGUUCCCGGGCAGGAGGACUCCUCUGAUCUGGAACUGCUGCAGGAGCUGAACAGGACCUGUCGGGCCAUGCAGCACCGCAUUGUGGAGCUCAUCUCCCGCGUGUCCAAUGAGGAGGUCACCGAGGAGCUGUUGCACGUCAAUGACGACCUCAACAAUGUCUUCCUCCGCUAUGAGAGGUUCGAGCGGUACAGGUCGGGGCGAUCGGUUCAGAACGCCAGCAAUGGAGUACUCACCGAAGUGACGGAAGACAACUUGAUAGACCUGGGCCCUGGCUCUCCUGCCGUGGUGAGCCCCAUGGUGGGAAGCACGGCGCCUCCAUCUUCGCUCUCCUCCCAGCUGGCAGGCCUGGACUUGGGGACUGAGAGUGUCAGCGGCACCCUCAGUUCACUGCAGCAGUGCAGUCCUCGUGAUGGCUUUGACAUGUUUGCCCAGACCAGAGGGAACUCCUUAGCCGAGCAGCGCAAGACGGUCACCUAUGAGGACCCCCAGGCUGUUGGAGGACUCGCUUCUGCACUAGAUAGUAGGAAACAGAGCUCAGAAGUGCAGAGAGGGAAAGGUGGGGACUUUGACCUGGAGCCCAUAGACAGCUGGCUUAUGACCCAAGGAAUGAUCCCCGUUGCACAGCCCUCUGUCAUGGACGACAUUGAGGUGUGGCUCAGGACGGACCUGAAGGGCGACGACCUGGAAGAGGGCGUCACAAGCGAAGAGUUCGAUAAGUUCCUGGAAGAAAGAGCCAAGGCCGCUGAAAUGGUCCCUGACCUCCCGUCGCCCCCUGUGGAGGCUCCCGCCCCGGCUUCCAACCCUUCUGGCCGGAAGAAGCCCGAGCGGUCAGAGGACGCCCUCUUCGCCCUGUGAGCUGCGCUGUGGUCUUCUCCGUGAAUAGCAGGUCACUGCUUGCUCCCUGUGGACACUGGGCGCUGGCCACUCUCCCUGCCCCUCAGCCUUGACCUGUGCGCCUGUGUCUCCAUGGAAACACCUGUGUCUGUCAUCCUCGUCAGGACCAGCUUUCGCCACCUGCCGUCUCUGGGUGGUGGGACUGCCACACCGCAGCUGGAGGCCCGCCCUCCCCUCCCCAGACCCUGACCGUGUGUCCUCCCAGGAAGAGCGGUCACCCAGCCCAGCAGAGUAGCCCCUCGACACUGCUCCUGAGCAGACCACCCGGACUGUCUUCUGCAUUACCCGUCCACAGAAAGGGGGGUGAGGCCCUGGCUGGCCCUGCGUGCCCACAGUAUGUGCCACCUCUGCCUGGCCCAGUGGGUUCCCUCAGGCCUGCCGCCCUCCGUGCCCCUCUGCCAGCAGUGGCUUUGUGUCUCUGCCUCUGGAAGAGCAGGAGUCAGUCCGCUCUGUGGACCUUGUCACCUCGUGGCCCCUGUCGUGUCGGCACAUUAGAAGGCUGUGCGGGGCGCUCACGGGCUUCUCUGGUGUUCUUGACCCUCUCCCCCCAGUCCGCUGCUUCCCGAGACCUCCCACCCCAGCCGGCUCAGGGCCAGGCCCAGCCGAGGGGCCGCAGAGGACCCACAGCGCCUGGUGUGGGGCGCCCCUCGCAGUUGGGAGGGCGGCACUGCCAUAAACCCAGUUGCAGCCUGCGCGCUCCGGCCGCCAACCCUUGACCCUGUUGUGUGAGGGGCUGCUGGCCCGGGGACGAGAAGUGAGCCGGCCCUGCCUGCAGCAGCCUCCACUCACCCCCUCCAGGCCCCGCAGCAGACAGGAGGCUCCAAAGGACUAAGUGGCCAGCGUGACACUGAGGCCCCUGUACCUCUCCCUGGCCAGGCCUCCAACCUGCUGUGGGCAGCGUGACCUGACACCUCUCAUGACCCCAGCCACUGGUCCUGAAGGCCAGUAGCCCAGGGCUGAGCGGAUGGGGGCUGGUAACACCUGCUUCUGUCCUGUGUCUUCAUUAAUGUGUCUCCCAGCCCCGGGCAAGGGACUCAGCACUACCUUGGCCCUGACCCACCUAACUCUUGCCCCAAGCUGCCGUUACCCAGGAUGAGGAACAAGCUGCUGCGCCACCCUGCUGAGCCGGCACCCUUCCGCACGCGUUGCCAGGUGACCAGUCUCCCCACCCAUGGUGUGGCGUGGCCUAGUGCUGUGCCCGUCACCGCCAGGGCACCAGCGCUGCAGGGAGAGGGGGCCGCUGUGAGGUGACUGGAGACGGCUCUGGGAAGUGCUUGGGCCCAGGACUGCAGGGAGGGCUGUGGCGAGCACUAGCAGGGUGUUCUGCCCCGGGACUCCAUGCCCAGCCUAGCACUCUCCAGGGAGGACUGUGGUCAGGUUGGAGCCAUCUGCAAGACAGCAGGUUUGUCACACUCAUUCCACAGAACACUCCUCAGAGUUUGCCGCCUGCUUCCUGCCCUGCCCUGCCUUCUCCCUGCCCUUCUUACCAGCUUGGAAGGGCAGGACCCCUGAGGCAGCUAGAUGCAGAGAAGUGCCUGGGAUGGCCCGGGCGUGCCCAGGGACCCCAGCCCUCCGCUACCUGCCAGAGCUGGGCCCGCAGGUGGUGGCAGACCAGGGCUAGCAUCCUCUGAGGAAAAAGUCGACUACCUGCCUUGUGGACGGUACAGAGGAAGAGGGGCAUCUGCGGUGAGCAAGGCUGACAUAGGUGCCCUCCUGGGAGUCUGCAGCAAAGCUGCUCCUAAUACUCACGUCAAGCACCCCUCAGCCCCAGCAGGCAGGCCUCCUGACUGGAAAGACUUGGCUGCCCUGUGGGCCGCACGUGGUGGAGGACUCCUGUGGGCUGAGGUGACAAAGGUGUGAGGCCUGGGCCGGAAACAAGUGUGGGGAUGUUCUCCUGAGGCCUCUGGCUCCCGCCUGCCCUGCCGUCCCGGGCACGGUCCCCAGGCUCCUUGCCUAGGGAAGGAGCAGGGCUCUAAGGAAAGCUGGACGUCGCACGCCACCAGCCUCCACAAGUGUUAGAAAUCACAGAUACAGUAUGUACGUAAUUACACUAAAUUAUUGCUGGGAUUCCUCAUAAGCACUAAUUAUACCUGAUUAUAAGUUAAAAUAUUUAUUUUGUCAGAAUAUUUUCUUGGGGGUGUGUUUAACCCUCUGUGUUUGUGUGUGCCGAGGUGUGAAGGCUCGCCAGUUCUCCUUGCCGCCCUCCCGGCCCGCUGGGAGCAGCCAGCUGCACCACGUACAUUGUGCCCUGGCGCGCAGCAGGGCCUGAGGCCGGGCUGAGAGUGACCAGCCUGCUUCUCAUGUGCGUGGGAUGAGGGCUUUGGAGCCAGAAGGGCUUGUACCUGCCCUGGGCCAGAGGGAAAGGUGGCCGUCCGUCUGUCCGGUCUUUCUGUCGCCCCCGCUUGUGCGUGACUGUGCCUUGGCUCCUUGCCCUUCUCCCCACCCGAUGGCCUCAGGCCUGUGCCGUCCCUGCAGCGCCUUGGGAGCGAGGACCGGCAGCUCUCCUGUGCCGAGGGACUGGUGUCCAGGAAUGGGCCAGUGGCAGCCAGGCUCCCACUCCUCCGUCCUUUCCCAUCCUAGCCCUUCCUGCUGGCCCAGCCCUCUGAUGGUGUAGGGUAGACCAUGGGCCUCCUGGGCCCCGGCCGGCCCUCGCUUGGGAAGAGCACGUGGACUCGCGCUAGCCCGGCUGCAGCCCUUGCACCAUCCAGCUGGCCCGUGUGCCUCUCCCUGACCUUCUGUUGGGACAUCUGGGCUCUUGCGCCGUGUCCAGCCACACGGGGACAGUGUGUGUCCCCACCAACAAAGGGACCUGCUCCACUCCAGAGAUGCUUUUUGUCAGGCCUACAGAAUCUCCCUUUCCCAGUGCCCAUCUCCGGCCCUUCCUGGCCAUGGGGGCCCAGGCCAGGCUUCCCCUGUAGCCGCUAGCCUUGGGAACAGCUGUCAGCCGUGAGUUAUGACUGCUUCUGUCCGUGUCCCAAGCCAGUCUCCAGGCUGUCCUGGAGGGUAAGCAAUGGAUAUUUUAUUUCUUCAAGUUUGCACUUAAUUUGUGAGGGUUCCCAGGGUCACUGGGGGCUCCUGAAAAGAGGAACGUGUUGAGUUCAUUAUCCCCUUGUCCCACGGGUCUGGUGUUAUUGUCACUGUCUUGUGUUUUUGUGGGCAGAGCUGGUUGCGGGGCAGUGGGUCGGUGUUUAUUCGGCUCAGAGUGACCCUGGAGCGUCUCCUCACCCCACUGGCUCUCCCAGAUGCUGUCUCUCUAGUUUGGGUUCUUGCAUGUAAUGUAUUCCACAAUAAAUGAAUAACUGAACAAACCA